GUGAACUUCCUGUGGCACUCUUGACAUUGGCCUAGAUGUGUUGUGGCCUAGGAGGUAGGGCUACAGGGGAGUGUGCGACAGACAGCAGUAGAUGGCAAUAUGACUACCCUCUACGUAUUGCAGAUUCUACUGUUGUGUGGAGUGGUAGAGAGCCAGGAACUGGCUGCUUUCAGGAAACUCGACAUGGGGCCGGAUGAUCUUAAUAGUUUGGAACAGUAUACCACCCUCAGUCUUGACGAGAUUUUCACGAGAGCGCUUGGAGGGAUGAAUGUGUCUGCUCAGAAGAUGGUAGGACCGGAUGGGAUGUUCCUGGCCGAGCUGGACAUGCUGUUGACCGAAGAACAAUUCCGUAAUAUGUACCAGCCGCCUGAAUAUGGAGAUAUCAGGAUGAUGCCAUAUUUUGAACAAAAGAAGAGGAAGAAACGAAAGGCAGUAAGACGAAUUGACCUUAGAUGGCCGAAUGCCGUGGUACCAUACUAUCUGACCCCGGGUCACUUCAAGGCCAAGGAGAGAUACCUGAUUCGUGUUGCCAUGCGGGAGUGGGAAAAAUACACCUGUGUCCGAUUCAGGGAGGCAGCUGCCGAGGACGACAAUUAUGUCCGGUUUCAAAACGGGGAUGGGUGUAACUCUCAAUUAGGCAUGGUGGGCGGCGGUCAGCUUCUCAACCUGGAUCAAAACGGAUGUCGUUGGAAAGGACUGUACCUCCACGAGAUCGGGCAUGCUCUAGGCCUUGUUCAUGAACAUCAACUUCCGAACAGGGACGAGUUUAUCGAGAUCCUCUAUAAUAACGUAGCACCGAGCAUGCGCAUAUGGUUUAACAAAUACUCGACCCAAGAAGUCAACCAGUAUGAUGUCCCGUAUGAGUAUUCUUCUGUGAUGCACUACGGAGUCACGGCAUUCGCAAAGGAUGGUAAAUCACAGACUAUCCGGGCCAAGGAUCCAUCCAAGGAGGAGACUAUUGGAAAAGUGUGGCGAAAGGAACUGUCCUUCAGUGACAUCAAAGCGGUCAACCGGAUGUACGAAUGUUCAGCUAUAUGUCCGAGAAGUGUUCGCUGCGCAGACGGAGGAAUCGUGGACCAGAAUUGCCGUUGUAUCUGUCCUGACGGAACCUCAGAUUGCCAAGAGAACGCUAUCACUAGAAGGUAUCAAAUGAAUUGUGUUUUAGCGUGUAUAAACGAGUACGACAGUUGGAGCUGUUACGUUUGGUCAACACAGGGAGAGUGUAAGCUCAAUGCCAAGUUCAUGAAUCGCUACUGUCAGAAGGCAUGUGGUUUGUGUGGCGAGGCGGGAGUCAAUGCGGAAGGAAAUCACGUAGCAACAUGGGCCUGGCAGUGGCUAGGGAUUUUUACCAAUCUGUUCCCCAAAAACUGGACCGUUGAGGAAUGCCAUAACAAGUUUAGCGACGACAAGUGUGACAGUUGGGCCAAGAAUGGAGACUGCGUCGUCAAUGAGGAUUGGAUGGAAAUCAACUGUAAGAGCACAUGUGGAAUGUGUUCUAAUAACAACACGGUAGCCACGAAAAACUGUGGGAAUGUGCACACGAAUGGAACCCAAUGUGAAAUCUGGGCGCGUAAGGGAGAGUGCCAAGUCAAUCGGGAGUGGAUGUACAACAACUGUCGAGGGGCGUGUCGUCUUUGUGACAAGCCAAUGCCUCCAAAUACGGACAAGCCCCUCAGAGAUGAAACUACAAACCGAGACCAGGAUGAUGAUCCCCAGGGUUGUCGAGACAAGCAUAACACACGCGAAUGCCUUAAGUGGGCAAGCAGUGGAGAAUGUUCCCGUAACCCAGACUGGAUGGUUCCCAACUGCCGGAAGUCAUGUAAUCGGUGUAAUGACGGAUCGUGCAAGAACCUAUAUGAUGAUAAAAAGUGCAGGGUGUGGGCUGCAGACGGCGAGUGUAUGAAGAACCCAAAAUGGAUGCCUUUCAACUGUGAAAAAGCUUGUGGCGGAUGUGACGGCAGUACCAGCGACGAGGAAAGUGUAGAUGAUAACGACGAUUGGGGAGACGAUGACGUCGAUGAUGAAGAUACCUCAGACGGCUGUAGUAACUACCACAACGAUGCUGACUGUGAUUCAUGGUCUAAAAACGGACAUUGUGACAUCAAUCCUGGUUACAUGAAGACCAACUGCAAACGCUCUUGUGGUGUGUGUGCCAGUACUCGCGAAGACGACGGCACAGGAGGUCGUAACGAUGACCGCGAUGAAGACGUAUCGAACGACGAUGAGAUAGAUAUUGACACACAAGAUGAUGAUAGCAACACUGGGUUAGAUGAAGAGUAUGAUUAUGAGGACGAAGAAGAAGACACUGAUGAUGAAACCGUUGAUACAGUGGAACCAACGAUAGUACCUCUAGAAUGCAAUGAUUUACAUUCGAAUUGUGAAGCCUGGGCAGACGCUGGACAUUGUAGCGGUAAUAACGCCGCAUUCAGCCUGAGAGAAUGUCGCAAGUCGUGUAAAAACUGUAACGAUGUAUGCGUUGAUGAACACCUUUAUUGUCCAACGUGGGCAAAAGACAACCAGUGUAGUUCCAACCCGGGGUACAUGCUUCGAUUCUGCCAAAAGUCAUGUAAAGUGUGUUAGCGUCUUCUAUGGUGUGGUGAAACUAUAUAUCGCAAGUGUUUUGUAUCGUUGUGUAUGUAUGGUAUGAUAUACCAGGACCCAGACAUUGCACUGCCUUAUCAUUAAUAUGACAGAUUUUUA